UCAACAUCUGACUAAAGUACUUUCACCAUUGAGAGGAAACACAGCAGCAUAUGUAAAGGACUCGUACCAUUUUGUCAGUGAAAUAAAACACCUACAACUAGCUGACAAUGAAACUAUGGUCAGUUUUGAUGUUCAGUCAUUGUUUACAUGCUUACCCGUUGAAGACUGCAUCAAGAUUGUGUCUAAGAAACUAGCAGAGAAUAACAUGCCUACUGAAUAUGCUGAACUGUUAAAACAUUGCCUAACAUCUGGCUAUUUACUGUGGAAUAAUCACUUCUACACGCAAGUGGAUGGUGUAGCAAUGGGCUCCCCAGUAUCUCCCAUUGUUGCUGAUAUCUUCAUGGAGGAUUUUGAGGAGCGAGCCUUGCAAUCUGCACCCGUAACACCCAAAUUCUACAAGCGGUACGUAGAUGAUACUUUCACAAUACUACCAUCUGACAAAGUCACAGCAUUUUUAAAUCAUCUUAACUCCAUAAACCCCAAAAUUCAAUUCACUAUGGAGUCAGAGGCAAACAACUCCUUAGCUUUCUUAGAUGUUUUGGUUAUCCGUAACCCUAAUAACACCUUGAGUCACACUGUGUAUCGGAAGAAAACCCAUACAGACAAAUACCUUCAUGGUGAGUCCCACCACCACCCAACACAGUUAUCUACCGUUGGUAAAUCAUUGUUUCAGAGAGCACGUGGGAUCUGCGAUGAACAACACCUGGGUGCUGAGCUUCAACAUGUUAAGCAAGUACUGCACGACAACAAGCUCCGAGUACCACGCCCUCGUCGCAGAACCCGCGUGAAACCAGCCACAGUUGAGCGUCUACCUGCUGUUCUUCCAUACAUAAGAGGAGUCACAGACAAGAUUGGCUACAUCUUGAAGCGAGCUUCAAUCAAAACCUACUUCAAGCCGCUGAAGAAGAUUAGUCAAUUCUUACCACCUGUCAAGUGUCACAUACCUCUACAAGAUGCGGGUGUAUACAAGCUUGAAUGUGAUUGUGGUCUCUCUUACAUAGGCCAAACUAAAAGAAGCAUAGGGACCCGCGUAAAAGAACACAUCGCCGAUGUCAAACACCGCCGUUCCAGACAGUCAGCAGUUUGUGAACACACACUAGACAAGGCCCAGCAUUACAUCAGAUUUGAUAAACCACAAGUCCUUGCAAAAGAAAACCGAUUCCUACCUAGGAUGAUUCGCGAGGCUAUUGAAAUUAAAAAACAUCCAAAUUUCAAUAGAGAAGAUGGCUGGGUCAUACCACCUGCUUGGAAUCCCAUCAUAGAAACUAUUAAAUCAAAAUCCAAGCCUACAACUGCUCGACCUAAGGAUACAGUUAGCUCGUUUUGCGUGAAUCGGAUUGUCAAUAAUAAUUAACAAAAUGUAGGGUAGCUGUUUGUAACUAAUAUAUCAAGACGACCAACACCUUAGUCUGCCCGUGACCAUGGAUGCUGUAAAGGAUCCGAAACGUCGGGAUUAAAUAAUAUAAUAUAACCGCGAUAAAAUCCGUAAAA